AUGUCCACGGCACUUCUCGCCGUGUUCGCCGUGAUCCUGUGCAUUCUGUUCAGGAUACUGAACGUAAACAGUUCACCGCAAAGGCCGUUGAUCCUGUGCAAGGAUCAAACGUUCCUCGCGACGAUCCUUAAGAUCGCACCGGUCAUCGCCGAACCAUACAAGCCUACGAGGUUAUGGGGUUUCAGUGGUCACGUGCAAACCAUCGUCCACAGCGUUAUCGGUCGUGUCCGCUGCCCUUGGCCGAUUGGCGAACGAGUGUAUAUCGGACUUCCGGAUGAUACGACUCUCACCUACGAUUUAUAUCAACCGCUGAGCAACGAUUACGAAGACGAUAUUACCAUCGCCAUAUGUCCCGGAAUCUGCAACAGCUCCGAGAGCGUCUACAUCCGAACGUUCGUGCACUUUGUCCAGUGUCACGGCUAUCGAUGCGCUGUACUUAAUCACGUCGGGGUUCUUUCCAGUGUAAAGGUCACCGCGCCGCGGAUUUUUACUUACGGGCACACGGAGGACUAUCACGUGAUGCUGCAGAGCCUGACCGAGAAGCACCCGAGCACGAAGAUCGUUUGCAUCGGGUUCAGCCUGGGCGGCAAUCUGGUUACCAAGUAUUUGGGUGAACGGGGCUCGCACAAAAUGUCAAAUAUUAUCGGCGGCAUAUCUAUUUGUCAGGGAUACAACGCUCUAGAAGGUACGAAGUUCCUACUCAACUGGCAAAACUUCCGGCGGUUUUACCUCUACAUUAUGUCGGAAUCGGUGAAGAGUAUUAUACUUAAGCACAAGAAUAUACUGCUGUCCGAGGAGGUUAAGCAGAAGUAUAAUCUGAACGAGCGGGACAUCAUUUCGGCGGCGACGUUACCGGAACUCGACGAGGCGUACACGAGGAAGGUGCACAACUUUCGAUCCGUGUCGGAAAUGUACAAAUGGAGUAGCUCUAUUUUUUACCUUGAGAACAUUACGACGCCCAUGGUGUUCAUCAAUGCGUUGGACGACCCCAUUGUACCUGACAAACUGCUGGAUCCUAUGAAGGAACAUGCCAAAAACCAUCCCAACACGCUAUACAUAGAACUCGCACACGGCGGUCACUUGGGAUUCUACGAAGGCGGUCUCCUUUAUCCGAACCCCAUAACAUGGCUGGACCGUACGCUAGUGUCGUUGGUAGGGUCCCUGACACUGGCGCACGCAGACAAAUCUUUGAAAACCUCUUAACCGUAUUCAAUAUCGUUAUCACGCUCAUCUUGUAAGUAGAUCAUGUAACCGCCAAUCGGCGCUGCUUAUAAUCAACGAUCUAACGCGAUGGUUUGCGCUUCCCCAACCCCGAAAAUGGCGGUCCUGUCUACGCAUCGUGCGUGAAAUAAUCGCGUCAACCACGUACUCGAUACCUCCGAGACGUUAUUUUUUCGUAAUCGCACACCCGUGCGACAAGUUCUGUUCAGGGAGGGCGUACACUAUAUAUAUUUUCGAAGGUUGUCUCAAGAAAUUCCUAGCACCGGCCGGAAGUGAACCGCUCCGUGGACUCUCUAAAAGAACAAACAAAAGGAAAGAAAAAAAUGGUGGCACAACGAUUUAGACGAUAAUUUGUUUCCCUUCGAUGUCCUAAUCAUUGACGCUUUUUACCUCAGGGAUCACCGAUAGGACGAUUUAAUAAGAAAAGAAAAAAAAAAGGU